AUGGGUGUGAUCAAACCAUGUAAAGUAAGCCAGCAGCACAACCAGCAGACAGACAAGCAAAGAUGGGGAAAACACAGUGUCCUUGAGAAGAAAGGAUACACUACCCAGAAGGAGGUAGAGAACGGUGUCAUAGCUACUGACAAACAUGGGGACCAGUUCGUCAUUAAAGAGAUCAAACUGAAUGAGACAUCUGUCCUGAACUCCAGUGCUAGAGAAAUUGUCUCAGAGGUUGAAAGCCUCAGACAGAUUAGUCACCCCCACAUUGUAAGCUACAAAAACUCAUUUCCAGAGGAUAACUGCUACUAUAUAGUGACAGACCAUUGUGCGAAGGGAAAUCUCUGUCAGAAGAUACAAGAGCAGAUGACAAACCCUACAGAAGAGUACUCUGAGAAGAUCAUGGACUGGUUUGUCAAGAUCUGCAUGGCCCUGAAGCAUGUACAUGAACAGGACCUUCUUCACCGAGAACUGAGACCCCAGAGCGUACUUCUCACAGAAUUUGAAACACUUCGUUUGGGAGCGUUUGGAAGUGUCAAUGAAAAGACUACCAACGAGGAUGGAAUGGUGGGUUAUUUAGCCCCAGAGAUUCUAACUGGUGGAAUGUAUGACACCAAAAGUGAUAUUUGGUCCUUGGGAUGUGUGCUGUAUGAGUUGUGUAUGCUUCAGGGUGCAUUCACUGCAGUGGAAACAACGGACCUCAUUAAAAAAAUAUUGAGGGGAUCUUACCCAUCCCUACCAAAGAGCUUCUCACCGGAGCUCUGCGAACUCCUGUGUGACAUCUUCCAACAAGACCCGACCAUUAGGCCUUCAGCUGGUGACAUCAUGGCAAAACCCUUCAUUAUCAGUUUCCUCAAAAAAAAGAGUGAGAAAACUGUGGAGGAACUCCAGACAACCUUGGACAAGCUGAGAACUCUGGCAGGUGGCUUGGAGAGUAUUCACAAAGGCACCACCAUAGGCAGUCUGACAGGAGGUGUUAUUGGGGCAGCUGGAGGAAUCACCUCUUUAGUUGGGCUCAUCAUGGCUCCCUUCACUCUGGGCGCCUCCCUGAUCGUCACUGGGGUGGGUAUUGGGGUGGCUGUCACUGGUGGAGCCACAGCCGGAGUAUCCAACAUCACCAACAUGGUCAAUCAGUCCACCGACCGCCUAGCCAUGAAAAACAUCAUCAAGGAGUUCCAGGAGAAGAUGAACUCUGUGGUGACAUCUCUACAAGACAUCGCUGAGGGUUUGGAGACACUCAUGAAAAGUAGCUCUUCUAAGACAGAAAGUGCCGGUUUAAAUGUAGAGGCCGCUGCUAGUGCUGGGGUGAGGGUUGGGAAAGGCGUUGCGGGCACCACAGAGCUCUUCCGAUAUCUCCGGGUAGCCAAUAUUGGCAAGGUGGCAGCCCAAACUGCCAGGGCAGUGCGUGUGGCAGAGAUGGCGACAGGAAUAUUUUCUGCUUUUUUUGUAGCGGUUGAUAUCUUCUUCAUCGCCAUGGAUGCCAAAGAGAUCCACAACAUCCGACAUGCGAAGGAAAAUGAUACCAGUAAGUUAAAAGUGAUGGACACAGACUCCUGCACUGAGCUGAAGCCUGGAUGUGAAGAACCAAAGGCUGAGGUCAAGUCAGAGACCAUGAAGUUCCUCCAGACGAUCAGACAGACAGCUGAACGGCUACAGGAGAGCCUGGACGAACUGAGGGAUGUCAUCUCGUUCAUUCCUGAGAUAGAGGACUGUUACUUCGACGACUGACCUACUCAGUGAUUAUAUUAGAUGCAUAAACAACAGAUCCAAUCAUACUUUAAUAUGCAACUUGUCUGCAAAAGGCAGGCAUAGGCAGAUUGCCUUUCUGAUUCCCAAAACCUGAUUAAAUCCUCAAGACAUUGCUUGUAGAACUCAGCUACGAUAACUAAGUGGUAAAGAUCAAUAUCACAGACGCCUCUACUUCUGAAACAUUUCAUUUUAUAUCAUAACCGUGUCAUGGAAUUAUUCUAAUCAAGAGGAGACACUUUAACAUUUCUUCAAAACAAGUCAACUUUAUUAUUUAAUUACUGCAGUAAUGGAGCUUGUCAACGAGCUCCGGGGUAGUUUAGUCCCAGGUUCUUAGCUUAUUGCUGAGCUUUGAGGGCGCUAUGGUGUUGAACGCUGAGCUGUAGUCAAUGAAUAGCAUUCUCACGUAGGUGUUCCUUUUGUCCAGCUGGGAAAGGGCAGUGUGAAGUGCAAUAGAGAUUGCAUCAUCUAUGGAUCUGUUGGGGCGGUAUACAAAUUGGAGUGGGUCUAGGGUUUCUGGGAUAAUGGUGUUGAUGUGAGCCAUGACCAGCCUUUCGAAGCACUUCAUGGCUACAGACGUGAGUUCUACGGGUUGGUAGUCAUUUAGGCUGGUUACCUUAGUUCUUGGGCACAGGAACUAUGGUGGUCUGCUUAAAACAUGUUGGUAUUACAGACUCGGACAGGGAGAGGUUGAACAUGUCAGUGAAGACUCUUGCCAGUUGGUCAGUGCAUGCUCGCAGUACAUGUCCUGGUAAUCCGUCUGGCCCUGCGGCCUUGUGAAUGUUGACCUGUUUAUAGAUCUUAAUCACAUUGGCUGCGGAGGAUGUGAUCACACAAUCUUCCAGAACAGAUGGUUCUCUCAUGCAUGUUUCAGUGUUAUUUGCCUCGAAGCGAGCAUAGACGUAGCUUAUCUCGUCUGGUAGGCUCGUGUCACUGGUCAACUCUCGGCUGUGCUUCCCUUUGUAGUCUGUAAUGGUUUGCAAGACCUGCCACAUCCGACGAGAGUCAGAGCCGGUGUAGUAGGAUUCAAUCUUAGUCCUGCAUUGAAGGUUUGACUGUUUGAUGGUUCGAAGCGGGAUUUCUUAUCAGCUUCCGGGUUAGAGUCCCGCUCCUUGAAAGCGGCAGCUCUAGCCUUUAGCUCAGUGUGGAUGUUGUCUGUAAUCCAUGGCUUCUGGUUGGGGUAUGUACGUACGGUCACUGUGGGGACGACAUCAUCAAUGCACUUAUUGAUGAAGCCAAUGAUUGAUGUGGUGUACUCUCAAUGCCAUCUGAGGAAUCCCGGAACAUAUUCCAGUCUGUGCUAGCAAUGCAGUCCUGUCGCUUAGCAUCUGCUUCAUCUGACCACUUUCUUUGAUCUAGUCACUGGUGCUUCCUGCUAUAAUUUUUAACUUGUAAGCAGGAAUCAGGAGGACAGAAUUAUGGUCAGAUUUGUCAAAUGAAGGGUGAGGGAGAGCUUUGCAUGCAUUUCUGUAUAUGGAGUAAAGGUGGUCCAGAGUUGUUUUCCCUCUGGUUGCACAUUUAACAUGAUAGAAAUCUGGUAAAACGGAUUUAAGUUUCACUGCACUAAAGUCCUCAUUCACUGUCCCCGCCUUUGGGUGAGCGUGUUCUUGUUUGCUUAUGGCGGAAUACAGCUCAUUCAAUGCUGUCUUAGUGCCAGCCGCUGACUGUGGUGGUAUGUAAACAGUUACGAAACAUACAGAUAAAAACUCUCUAGGUAGGUAGUGUGGUCUACAGUUUAUCAUGAGAUACUCUACCUCAGGCGAGCAAUAGCUCGAGACUUCCUUAGAUAUCGUGCACCAGCUAUUAUUUACAAAAAAAGUAGUUUAGCAUAGAAGUAGUUUAGCUCACCUGGUAGGCUCGUGUCGAUGUCCACCAUUUGCUCCUCUACCCAAGAAAGCAAAGGUAACUGAACUGAAUGACUAUCACUCAAUAACACUGACUUUUGUCAUCAUGAAGUGCUUGAGAAGCUAGUUAAGGAUCUUAUCACCCCUACCUUACCAGAUACCCUAGACCAGGGGUGUCAAACUCAUUUCGCAUCGUGGGCCACAUACGGCCUAGGGAGAUGUCAAGUGGGCCGGACCAUUAAAAUUAUACCAUACUCUGCUAUAAAUAACCAAAAUAUCAUGUCUUUCCUUUGUUUUGGUGUAAAGAAGCACAAGAACAUUAGGAAAAUAUUGAAAUUUAAUGAACUAUCCUUUUACAAAACAUUUCAUGAAACACCUCAUAUUUCCUUAGACAAAUGUGCAAUUUACUUUUAUCAUUCACAAAUAUGCAUUGCAACUGAUCCCACUGAUUGUACAAAGGCACAAAACUUUAAUUGGUACUGAAAAAUAUAGUAAUGCACUUUAAGAUUAAAUGAGACUUUUAAAGAAAGGAAUUUUUAAACCACUUACACAUACGCAUAUAAAAUCUAAAUGUAAUCCCUGCGUACACCUUACAAACUAAGGAGA